AGUUCUUACCGAGAUGAUGAUGAUAAAGACGACGAGGAAGACGAUGAGGCUGACAGGUUAGAGUGGAUGAACAUCAUCUUCCUUCCCUUUCACCCGGUCUUCCGUCUCAUGGUUCUAAUAUCCGUUAUCUUGAGGAUAAAUCUAAGUGCUCUGGAGUCCCUUUAUCCGAUGUACUGUAGUGAUGUGAUGGACACGAAUGUUUAUUUGGUCAUCAUUAAGUACCUGCACGAAUACUUCUGUGACGUCAUCUAUGGACUCGAUACUUUACUUCAUAUUGUUCACAGAAUUGCGGACAUUUCCAAGCGACGGGAGCACCCUCCGAAGCCUAAAUUUUAUUUAAUGCUCGAUAUUAUUUCUCUGCUCCCACUCCAUAGACUUUUGACAUCGGAGCUCUGUCCUCCUAUUAGGAUUUGGCCUAAUGUGUUCAAUUUGCUUGACAUCAUUAUCUUUCCGGCCGGAGGACAGAAAUAUUUAAUUACUUAUUUAUUUCAUUUAAACUGCUAUAUUAUUUUCUAUUACAGAGUCUACAGAAUCAAUGAGUAUUUUUCACUUUCAAGUACACAUAAUUUUUGGAGCUUGGUUAUUGGUUACACCCUAUUGAUUGUAGUAUUCUUUAACGUCAUAUCAUGCGUAUUUAUAUUAAUAACUUACCGUAAACUAGACGGAGCUGGCAUUGGCGCUUUAUUCGAUUGGCGAAAAAACUUAAUCCAAGAGGUAUGUGGCAUCUUAUUCUUGAAAAAUUACUUGUUCCUUAAUGUUAGAUUUGUCAGAGUACUGAGAGAAGUGAGAUUAUUUUGUAAUUACAGGGAUUUUGUGUUAAUUUCUGUUUUCUUGCAGAUGAAUAAGACGAGUAUAGAGAGCGCGAGAUAUAUGAACGCAGUGUUAUUAGUGUUAUCCUACGGUUUACGGGAUCUAUCGAGCGACACCAAGCCAAGCAACAUCACAACGUACUAUAUGGUGGCUUUGUUUAUGUUAAUUACAUUUUCGAUCUACACGUUCAUCGCUUAUCCCAAGUCAUUUGCCGAGGCGCAGUUAAAAUUGCGAAGAAGCUUUGAAUUUUUCCCACGAGUCCAAAAUAUUAUAGCGGAAACAAAAAGAAAAAGCCACCAUCCCGGAGCACAUGUUGAUGUCAGCAACUUCUACAACCUGGCAUGGAGAAAACGUGGCGGCAUCACGACAACCCCGGAACUUAUUCUUGAGUUUCCUAGACAUUUACGACUUGACAUAAAGAAGGAUCUGACGUGGCCCAUUUUCCAUCACAGUCCCACGUUGAGACGGGUUUCCUUACCUUUCAUUCACUGGCUCUGUGAUCUGACACAUCUUGAAUUCAAAUUACCCAAAGAGUUUUUUUUUGCAAGCCCCCACUCCCGCUCUCACUUGUUUUAUCUUAAAUCUGGAAUAGUCCAAUUGUUAUCUGCAGAGGAUGGCACCACUUCUUUACUUUCUGUGUCAGGCGGAACGUUAUUUGGAGACAUAAAUUUCUUCAUACCCCCUACAGCCACAAAAACUGUAAUCGUCCGCUGCCUGACUCACUGCGAAAUGUAUUUCUUUACUCGAAACGAUAUUUUAAAAGCUUUGACCAAAUUCCCAGAAGAUCGUAGAAAAAUUAUGGAGCGUAUAAAGAGUAAAAUACAGCAUGCUAGGACUCUUCAUACCUGCAAGCAGCAUGUGAGGGGGUUGGAUAGAGCAGAAGAUGAAGGAGUCGCUUGGAUAAAAAAACGCUGGUGGGAAUUACAUGAAGCGAUUUCAAAAUGGAAAAACGCGACUAAAAAGUCAGAUACAAUAUUCGUAUUACCUCCCGAAGAGGCUGUUUAUCACUGUUCAAAAUAUAUCGGCCAACUAGUCUUAUGUCCUGAUGCACAAUUGCAAAGGCAGUCCAUGUUUGCUAACUGCCAGUUUCCAUGGAUACUCGUGCCUGAUUCUAAUUUCAUAAGAAUUUGGGAUCGAAUUGUUCGCGUCACUGUCGCUCUUGUCUUAAUCCUAUAUCCACCGCAUUUGCCUUUAUCUAUAAAACCGGAGUAUUUCCGCCAUUUCCAAGCGUGGACAAAUAUUGUAUAUAUUGCUGAUGUCUGUUUGUGUUUAUUAACGGCCAUAGAGGAACAAGGCCACCUAUUAUCCAACUUUGCGUCAGUAAUGUUCAAGCGCUGCAAGAGUUCGAUAUUCAUUCUUAAUGUGCUGGCAAGUCUUUGGUUGGAGGAUGUCAUCGUUAUUAUAGGAAAACCUGAACUAUACUCAAUAUGUCAGUUCAAUAGGCUGAUUAAAGUUUAUUUAGUAUUUUUCAUGGACGACACUAUAAAGAAUGUGAACCAAGACCCAAGCUUAAGUCUUUAUCCACCUAUGUUCCUUUACUUAUCUUUCCUUUAUGUAAGUGGUUACUUUGUGCUCUCGCUUACGAAAAUUUUACCGAAGUUACGUAUCAGGUACUUUUUCGGCAAAUCACUUUGUGGAAACAAAGCCAUCUGUGACCCAUCAAUUUUUAAAAUGUUUACCGCUUGUUUGACGUGGACCUUUCGGGAUUUGUAUGUUAAAUCAUGGCCUAAUACGCUCGAAGAACUUGGUGUCAGAGUAGUUUUCGAUUACCUGAGUUUGAUUAUAGCAACAUACUGCGCCGGCCGUUUAAUCGCAGUAAAUUAUUUGAGGAACAUAAACACUUCGAAUUACUUGUUCUUUGCAAUACACUUGAGGCAUAAAUUUAAACGCCAGAAUAUUCAUCCUGAGUUAUGGAAUCGCCUGGUCGAGUAUGUGCAAUGUCACUGGAGGAACAACAGGAAUUUAGAGAUGACUGAUGCAAGCCUGCUCCGACAUGAACCUUAUGAUAUAUAUUGGAAGGCGCAUGGUGAGAUUGCUGCAAAAAUCAUCAUGAUGUGCAAGGCUUUUGUCGGGGCCAAUCCAGCUCUCAUCAAGGAACUCGCACAUAUAGCCAGGUUUACAGUUUUACCGAAAAACUCGACAAUAUUGUUAACUGGUGUGACAGUAAAGGACGUAUGCUGGCUUGUUAAUGUAAAUAUUUUUCUUUUUAUGUUCUACAACCCAAAGAGGGUCUCGGCCUCCGAAACAAGACCACACCACUUUUCCCGAUCCUGCGCCGCUCCCUGCCAAACAGGAGUCAUAGUAAAAGAGUACCAGACAGAGACAGGAGUGGUAGCAGAGACCAUCUACGGCCCAGACGAGAGGCUGGUUUCGUGCUCGGCCGUGUUUUUUGGGAAACCGUCUAUGGUCACAUGCACAUCCCUAACGGAAUGUGAGAAUGAACUGUCCUGGAAUAAUAAAAUAUCAAAUAUUUUUCAGAUGUUAUGCAUAAGUACAGUCGAUUUUUUCCGCGUCAUAAACCAAUACCCUGUGGAAAGGUUACAUAUCCGGUCGUGCACAGAAAAGUUUAAGGUUUUAUUUAAUGAUCUAUUGAAAGCACAUGUGGCUAUCAGAAGGGUUGACAGUUGGAAUGAAAUUGGAAAACCGUCGAAAGAAAAGGAAAAAUUGUUAACACAACCCAAAGAAAUGCCCAGGGCUAACUGGAGACAUCCGGGAUCUAAAUUUACUAAAUACUGGAUGGCGUUGCGCGCCUUCUUAGUCGCCGUAAACAUCAUUGUUGCUGCCCUACAGGUAAAAUGCUUGUUAUUCUUUCAGGCGUCUUAUUACGAUGAGAGAGGUCUUCUAAUCUACUCUAAAUGGAAAUGCUUUUGCCACUACUCUUCGCGUGGUCUCCUCCUUGAUAUAAUUGCCCUAGUUCCCUGGUACAUGUUGCCAGCCGUGUCACCCAUAUAUAUCGCACAGGAUACCGCCUUGCUCAUAUAUGCUGUGAGCAAAUAUGCGCGGUUGCAUCUAUUUUUCGGUUAUUUUAAUUAUCUGGCUGAUACUCCUUUGGCAAAUGUGUCUACACUGUUGGUAUGUAUUUUUUUUUUAUUAUACAUAUUUUGUUUAAUAAAAUGGCAAUGUUUACCUAUAUUGCUAAUGUUCUCGAUUAGCCAUUAUUUGAUAAUGGAAUGCGUAAAAUAUGAGUGGGAUGAUAAUUUUGCUCUGAUUAGCACAUCGAGGCGGCUUGGCUGUUGGCUACCGAAAUUUAUAAAGUUAAAUAAGGAUCCUUCACCCGAACAGAUGGAUUUAGUAAGUCUGAUUGGACAGAGUUACAGCGUAGCCCAGUGUGCGUUCCUGCGCAUCUCUUACGGAUUAUUUAGUGUCCGAGAGACCGAAAUGCUUCUGGGUAUCGUGUUAUACUCCCUCACUGUCGUUUAUUGGUGUGUUUCGUGCUACUCUCUGGCAAUAUUAAUGCUGAGCCGGCGGAGUAGCACGCUCUUCCAACACGCAUUCAGCUCUUUGAACAAGUUUCUCAACGCAGAACGACUGGACGAAAAGCUGAUCAAGAGAUCUUUGGCGCAUUUCAGCUAUUGGUGGAUAAGAACGAAUGGCGUCAAUAUAUAUGAAACCUUCAUACAUAAGCGUGUCAGCUCUAUGUUCAGACAGGAUAUCAUUUACUUCUUUCACCAACAAACGUUCGCCGGUGUCGACACAUUACUAAAAGGAGGCGAGCAAAUGAUGAAACAGCUGUCCUGCGUUUAUUUUCAACUACACCUGCUGCCUAAUGUCCCAGUCAUGAGGGAGAUGGACCUAAACCCCUGGGUCUUCAUAGUGCAUAGAGGCGAAGUUGUGAUCACUCAGGAAGGGAAGACUUUAGCUACUCUUAAAAAGGGCUCAAUAUUCGGGCAGCUAGAGGGCACGGAGCACCGGCCCGUGCGCGUGUCGGCACACACCACUGAGUACACCGACAUUCUGAAGAUACCUGUAGGUGCCUUCCAGGAAAAUAUUGACGAUAAGACCCGUUUCAAUAUCCACCGGCACCCCACAGCAGCCAUGGACUACAUGCAAGUGCAGGACCCGCCCAAGGAAAACCCGUACAACUCUAUCAAGUACUUGCUCAGGGGCGGCAAGACAAUUCAACUGCCCUGGAUGAAGCAGCCGGUGAAAGAGCACCUAACUCGCAAAUACGUCUGGUGGCUGGCCCUGGUCUGGUUCGUAGGGCCCUACCUUUCUUCUGCGAUUGUCUUGAUCUUGAACACUUUGCCGUUGGAGACGAUACAUCAGCUGAUGGUUGUGUUGGCUCUUUUUGAUAUUUUACACCUGGCGCAUUUUGUAUCGGAGUUUUAUACGAUGGAGCUAGUUAUAAUAGACGACGAGUGUGUAUACCGACACGUGAAACUCAGAAGAUUCAAGAAAGUGCAAACUUACAUCGACAUCAUUUCUCUUGUUCUGCCGCUGCUGACUAUGUUCACUAAUAACUGGGGCUACCAGCUGGCCAGGCUUCUUCGUCUUCGAUUCUUUUACCAUUUUUAUAAACAUUUCUGUAAGGAUUUCAAGGUAAAAUGCCUCCUAUUUAACCAUCCAUCUGUAUUGGUCAACUCUUAUUAUAUACCAAAACCUGUGGAAACUCUCGAUCAGUACGAGAAAUUCUUCAACGAAUGGAUAGAUCCUGAUCUCAGAGGAGAAGUCUACUUAUUUAUAUAUUUUUGUAUGUGUUUAGGUUGUAAAACAGUAGUGUACAUUAAGAAAAAUAAAAUUCCUGGUAACCACAGUUUCCUAGUGCCGAUGAGGUGGCAGGACGAUUACGCGAUUGCCCUGGGUUUCAUCAUGAGUCUCCUCACAAGAACUAACUCUGGCAAUUAUGCCUCCAUCAGUCUUCAAGAAAUGUACUACGAAUGUUUCAUAUGUUACAUCUGCCACGUAAUAUGUAUAUGGAUAGGCAGCUCCGCAUUCAGAGAGAUGUACCUGAGGUACCGGGAACUGCUCAAUUUCGACUAUGAUGUAGUAAACCUAUACAACUACUUGAAACAUAGUGGUUUGAAUCACUCGCUUUUGGAGCGCGUGAAAGAGUACACUGCUCUUCUGUGGCAGAGACAAAGAGGUAACUGGAUGCCCGAACUGGUGCUGGAAGCACCACUGUGCCUCAGAGAGGACCUCUACGUGGCGUUGUACUCGUAUCAUUUGCAGUAUUUUCGUGAUGCUGCCGAGAACUUAACCGCCUUUGUUAACUUGCAGGAUAUCCCCCUGUUUAGGUCGCAGCCAGCUUAUUUUACGAGGCAGCUAGCUACUAGGCUGCAUAGGGUCGUUAUAUGCGCAGGCCGGGAGCUGCUACAGGAGGGUGAUGUGUUCGCCUGCAUCUACUUUAUACACGACGGCGAAGUAGAGAAAUGGUCUACAGACGCAAGCGGAGAAAGGAAGCUGGUAUCAGUUCUAUCAACGAAUGGAUUCUUUGGAUUGACCCCUGGCCUUUUCCCGGACACGCCUGUGCAGUUCACUUUCGUCACAAGAACGGUAGUGGAUAUGGUGUUCCUCCGGAACAGAGACUGGCGGGAUCUGCUGGAAGGAUACCCGGACAUAAAACGCGACCUCUACGCCGCGGCCAGGCACUUAAAGAAGGUUCCGGAUAACCAUAAAUAGCCUCUCGGAUGGCAUACGUCUUAGGGCGUCCGCUGCUGGCGCGGGUGCACGGAGCGGGUGAGCGGGUUAACGAAAAAUAUGAGAAACGCUAACUGACGCAGCUAACACGGUCGGCUCUUUAUCAUUUGUCACCAUGCCUGUCACGUUCUAACAAUUAUGGAAGCGCGAAAGUGACGAGCAUAGUGACAAGUGAUAAAAAUGGAACCACGCUGCUAACUCGGGACGUGUGCACCUGCUGCUGGGCACCCGCGCCAGCUUACCCCUUAGGGUCAUAUCAUAUCUCACCGUGACACCACGGAGGCGCAACCAGUUGCCGGCUGCUCGUACCAACGAAAUGUAUACAGGUCUAUGGAGGUUGUCUCACCUGGUGUCCGCUUGGUUGCGCACUCCGUAGAGCUAUGUAUAUAUUUUGUUGUUGGCCGGCAACUGAUAUAGCCCGUAUUGUAUUGUUUGAAUGAUAACUUUUUGUUAAUUAUUUCAUUUUUUAAUUACUUGUCCAGUUAAUAGAUGUGGAGUAGAGAUUAGUACAGAUUACGGGUAAUUGGCGUAAUUGGACAUGUACGCUGUGAUCAGAUAUUUGAAGAAACAUUGAAAACCAUAAAGAGUAGAUUGUUUUUAGGUUUAACUAGUUUAAUUAUCUUAGAAUAUACGUAAGUAAUAUUACUGUUUUCUUUAUCGGCCACAUACUUUUUUAAGCAUUUUCCAAUUUGUUACCAGUCGUUUUAUCAAUGGAAAAUGUAGUAUGGUAUUUGCAUAUGAAUCCUGGUAGAUAGUUAUAACCGAUGAUGAGACUUUCUCAAGAGCAGCCUACAAUCGGUAUUGGAUAUGGUCACAUCACUAUAGCGCGGCAAGGACUGACAGAUGAGCAUCGCGACAAUGGCGACGCCGUAGUGGAGUUUCCCAAGUUACGUCUGUUUUUAUUGUAUUAAAUCCUUUAUUUGAUGAUGACUGGUGUAAGUAUUUAGUUUAACAAUAGGUAGAGAGUGAAAGGAAAUUUCUUAAUAUUGAUACACGUUGUCAUCUUUAAUUCUGUCCCAGACGCGAGUUUGUUAAGUAAUGAAGUUAACUUUUUCAACUGUCAAUAAAACAGCUGCGCACCACAAUGUAAACUUAAUCAGGGAUUAGAAUUUUGUUUUAAUUCAAUUUUUUCCGAAAAUAUCAAAUUACUUAAAAUGACUGCAUUAACUCCGAUAUAGCAGUCAACCGACCGCGCAACGGAAUUUUGCAACUCUUCAACAAAUUUACAAAAUUCAAUUCACUCCCCUUCUCGGCUAUCGAAAUAAUUUGAGAUAAUUUGCCUUUGAAUGUCUUAUCCAAAUAAUAAAGGACCAUUAUCGCCUUUUUAUUAACGCUCCAAGGAGGCCUUUAUUACAUUUACAUCGGCAAUUUGUGCGGGAAUAAUAUUUUUAUGCUUUGCGGAUUACGCACGAGGGUGCUAAACAAAA